AUGUCUUCUCGUUUCCUCAACCACCGCCAUCUCCCUCUCCAUCUCUCUCGCAAACGCCUCUCUCUCCCUCCAUCCACUUCCCUCAUCCAUUCUCCCCCUUCCAACUUCCACUGCGCCACUCUCAAGCUACAUCCGUUGAUUAUUCAACAAUAUAGCCGCUGUGUUCGACGUAAUGUUGUUUCUACGAGAGCCUUCGACGAUGAUUCAUUUGACAUGCCACUGCUCGAUGACUGGGGUGCUGAUGAGAGUUCUCAUGCUUAUGCGCUCUCGUCCAGUGACGGUGAAGACAGUGAUGGUGAAGUCUUUCUUACUCCGGUAAAUGAUGUUGAUUUGCCUUCUGUUUCUUCAUCAAAUAAUGAUGCUCUAACAGUGGCUGCUCAUCGGCUUGCAAUCCUUGGGAGGGGACGCAAGAAACAUAGGAUCAAACUAGGCAUUUUCAUCACUAUGGGGCUUAUAAUCUUCUUGACACUGCUGCUUUUGUAUGUUGAUUGGUGUGCAUGGAGAAUUGUUAGACUACCCUUAUCAGCUUUUUACUUGACCCGUCCAUUUCUUAUAUCAGCCAUUUUGGUUUCUUUCGCUGGCUAUGUUUGUGUCCCAAUUUUUCGGCGUUUUAAGAUUAUCCAUGUAAUCAAGCAACAAGGGCCCGUUAGACAUCGCUUGAAAAAGGGAACACCCACAUUGGGUGGUUUGUUUUUUAUACCUAUUGGUAUAACUGUUGCUCAUGUCAUUGCUGGUUCCUCAUCUAUAGAAGUGUCUGGGGCAGCCGGUGUAACAGUUGCAUUUGCAGCAGUUGGUUUACUUAGUGAUAUAUUAGGCCUCACCAAGAAUCAUAGGAGAGGUUUGCCUGCAUCGGCAGAAGUUCUUUUGGAGGUAGCUGUUGGAACGUGGUUUUCAUUUUGGUUGAGCAUCACCAAUAUAUCUUCACCCUAUGGCAUGAAGAUGUUGGUUCCAUUACCACUGGGCCUUGUAUACUUGGGACGAUAUUACCAACUCUUGACUUCAUUUUGUUUUGUUUCCAUGGGACGUGGCGUUAAAUUAGCAGAUGCACUUGAUGGACUAGCUGGAGGUACUGCUGCAUUGGCUUUUACUGGAAUGUCGAUAGCUGUGCUUCCAAUAUGUUCUGAUCUUGCUAUAUUUGGAGCUUCAAUGGCUGGAUCUUGUGUUGGAUUUCUUCUACACAACAGAUACAGAGCAUCUGUAUUUAUGGGUAAUAUGGGAUCUUUGGCACUCGGUGGUGCUUUAGCUGCAAUGGCUGCAUGUACUGGAAUGUUCUUCCCGCUAUUCAUUUCUUCUGGAAUUUUCAUUGUUGAGUUAUCAUCGGUUAUCAUUCAGGUAUUGUACUGGAAGAUAACGAAGGGCUUGCGGGGAGCAGGGUGGCGCUUUUUGAGAAUGCCACCCUUCCAUUAUCACCUCCAGUUACGAGGGUUCAGAGAACCAAAUAUUGUAUUAGGUGCAUAUCUUAUAUCAUCUGUAUUGGCUUUGCUUGGCGGCUAUGUGGGUCUUGUUUCAGCGUAACAUCUUGUGUCACGUGUAAAACUUCU